AUGAAUGAACUAACUGUAGAAUGGAGGAAGAAAGGGGAGAUAGAAGACCACAAGCUGGUGGUGUAUAACCCUCGUUUUGGUGAAACCCUCAUCUGGCCUAACGUCACCCUGGACGUGUUGUGGGACAAGGACAAGGACAAGGACACGGACAAGGACACGCUAAUGGGCACAUCUCUGGUUCUGAAGGGUGUAGAGGCUAGGGACAGCGGGCGCUACAUCUGUGACAUCACCACCUACCCCAACGGUUCCAUCAGGAAAGUCACUCGGCUGAGGGUUGAAGGUCCUGCUACCACAGGUCCUGCUGUCUCUGUGACCCCCAGCAACAACGUAACUGAGUCUACAGGUACCGGCAACAAAGUAACUGAGUCUACAGGUACCGGCACCAACGUAACUGAGUCUACAGGUACCGGCACCAACGUAACUGAGUCUACAGGUACCGGCAACAAAGUAACUGAGUCUACAGGUACCGGCACCAACGUAACUGAGUCUACAGGUACCGGCAACAACGUAACUGAGUCUACAGGUACCGGCACCAACGUAACUGAGUCUACAGUUACCGGCACCAGCGUAACAAGCGACCUAACAGAGCCAGGAGAGAUGACAACCCCCACAGCUAACUUUAGCGUCAAACCAGACACCCUCACCUCCUCUACCGUACAGGAAGUCAACACCAGUAUCACCAUCACUACCUCUGUCACCCAGCUAAUUAACUCCAAUACACACCGAUCAGUCAAUACAGAGGCGGGACCAAAGGGGUCAGAGGUCAACAGCUCCACCGACAGUCCAAUCAGAGUCCCAUCCACGGCCCAAUCAGGAUCCACCUAUCCACCCAAGGUUCAAUCAGAUCAGCCCACUCCGUGGAGCGUCCAAUCCGAUGGUGGGCAGGGGAACGCGUCUGAAGCAGAUACCUCCAGCGAUGGUGGUCAGGGGGGCCCAGUGUCCCCUACGCUAUACCCAGAGAAGAGCACCCUGGCUGGGGAGAAGGAAAACCACACCCUGAGGACCUCCACUGCCUCCCAUGGGGAUAAUGUGGUGAUGGAGACAGUUCCCAGUAGUGGUCAGAGGUACGUGGUGGUGUGGGUGCUGCUUCCUGUCCUGGCUCUGCUGCUCGUGGUCGGGUUCCUCUACAGACGAUACAUCAUCCAGAAGAGGAUGGACCUGCCUCCCCCCUUCAAGCCUCCUCCCCCUCCAGUGAAGUAUUCCUCUUUGAGAGCUCAUGACGUCCCCAUGACCGACAUCCUCACCUGAAGGGGGAGCUCUUGUAUUUGUUUUAUGGUUAAAUGAAACGCUCCAUUGGUCCCCAUUCAUGUUAUAGUCAUACUUAAUGUGCGCCCUCUGCUGUCAGAAAUAUAAAUGGGCCUUUUUGUAAAACGGUAAUACCUUUUCUGUUCCCAUGCUGUGUGAUUUAAUGGUAUCUCUUUACAAAGCUGGACUUUGAAGCCUUUUCUUCUGUUAUGUUGCUAUGCGUUUUUGGUUUUCAAGUCAAUGAGUUUUUACCAAAGAGUAUGAUGUUCAUUGUUACAGAAUUGUCUUUAUGGUUAAACUUUGGUGUGAAUUAAGGAAACCAAAAUAUUCUUUAUUAAAUUUGUAAAUAUUGUACUUUUUUUUU